AGUAUUUUCAUGCAAAUGUAUUUGGCGAUGAUGGACAUGGAGUGUUCUCUGAAGUUUCUGACAAGUAUUUGCAUGAUAUUAUUUCUCCUUGGCUCUUAUGCUGCUUACGAGAGUGUUCGUCUUGUUGAUGCUCGAGAAGACAACGAAAAACAUUAUGUGACACUGCAAGUAGAUGCUUCUAACGCCACAGGACGACCCAUUCCUGAAACCCUUUUUGGGAUCUUCUUUGAGGAAAUCAAUCAUGCUGGAGCAGGUGGACUGUGGGCUGAACUUGUUAGCAACAGAGGAUUUGAAGCUGGUGGACAAAUCAUUCCUUCCAGUAUCUGGCCUUGGUCCAUUAUUGGAGAUGAAUCAACCAUAUCUGUAGUUACAGACCGCUCUUCAUGUUUUGAGCGCAACAAAAUUGCACUUAGAAUGGAAGUGCUUUGUAACAGCAGUGGUUGUCCAUCAGAAGGAGUCGGGGUUUAUAACCCGGGUUACUGGGAUCUCGGUGCAGCUCCAAUAUGGGUGUUUAACAGUGGAAUCAGUCAUAAUGAUCAAGUUGAAACCGCAAGUAUCAUGCCGUUUGUUCAAGAAGCGCUAGAUGGUAUUGAGUUUGCUCGUGGUGAUGCUAAUUCAACAUGGGGAUCAGUUCGAGCUGCAAUGGGACAUCCAAAGCCUUUUGACCUUAAAUAUGUUGCGGUCGGGAAUGAAGAUUGUUGGCAGAAAUACACAUACUACAAAGGAAACUACCUUGAGUUCUAUAAUGCUAUCAAGAAAGCAUAUCCAGACAUCAAAAUCAUCUCCAACUGCGAUGGAUCGUCUCAACCACUCGAUCACCCCGCUGAUUACUAUGAUUUUCACGUUUAUAAACUUGCCAAGGAGUUGUUUUCCAUGUCCCAUAAGUUUGACAAAACGUCGCGUGAUGGUCCAAAGGCUUUUGUUAGUGAAUACGCUGUGAACAUAACAGAUGCUAAUACUGGAAACCUUCUAGCUGCUCUUGGUGAAGCAGGUUUCCUCCUUGGUUUGGAAAAGAACAGUGAUGUUGUAGGAAUGGUAAGCUAUGCACCUCUCUUCCUUAACACAAACGACAGAAGGUGGAUUCCAGAUGCAAUAGUGUUCAACUCCUCUCAUUUGUAUGGAACACCAAGCUACUGGCUCCAACAGUUCUUCACAGAGUCAAGUGGAGCAACUCUUCUCAGCUCUACUAUGGAGGGAAACUCUUCUUAUGUUGAAGCAUCUGCCAUAUCCUUCCAAAGCAAUGGCUCUGAUUACAUACAGAUUAAGGCUGUUAACUUUGCAAACGUGACAGUGGAGCUGAAGGUAAAGAUGACUGGAUUGGACUCGAAAGUUUCUGCAAAAAAGAAGAAAGUACUUACAUCUGCCAGUGUGAUGGAUGAGAACUCCUUCUCCAACCCAGAGAUGAUUGCGCCACAAGAAACCAUCCUGGUGAUGCCCGAGGGGAACUUGACGUUUGUUCUCCCUCCCUACUCCUUUUCAUCAUUGGACUUGCUUAAAGAAUCUUAGAUCUGCUGCAUAAAAAGAAAGGCACGUAGCAGAG